AUGCAAGACCUCGCAAUCAACGAUGGCGCCCAGCCGUACGCGUCCAUGGCUGGGAAGCUGGACUCCAGACUCCUCCAAGCUCUGCGCGUGAUGGGCUUUGAGACGAUGACGCCUGUCCAACAUCGCGUUUUGACCGAACUUCCAGAUUGGCGCAGCGACUGCUUGGUGCAAGCCAAAACCGGUACUGGUAAAACCCUAGCCUUUCUGUUGCCUGCACUACAUUGCCUACUCCAAGACCCUCGUGCGCCACCAAGAGGGCAGGUCGCCAUUCUGAUCAUUGCCCCAACGCGAGAGCUCGCCCAGCAAAUCGCAAAGUCAUGUGAUCAACUCACAUCGCAACUUGCGAAGCCCCUCGAGUGCCAUAUUGCAGUUGGUGGGACUGCUCGGGCGUCUGCCCAUUCGCGAUUCAUGAAGGAGUCGCCAUCUAUUCUAGUAGCAACCCCGGGACGACUCAAAGACUACCUAUCCGAAGCUCCCACAGCCCAGAAGCUGUCCAAUAUCCGCACUUUGGUUUUGGACGAAGCGGACACGAUGCUCGAAACCGGCUUUAUGGCUGACGUGAAGCGAAUCCUCCAACUCAUCCCACCAAAGAGCACUGGCUGGCAAGGCAUGUGUUUCUCAGCCACUGUUCCGCCCAGAGUCAAGGAUGUGGUGAGUGUUGUGUUGAAGCCAGGCUAUAGUAGCAUCUCAACCGUUGACAAGAAUGAAGCACCGACGCACGAGAGAGUUCCCCAGUACUACGUGCUGAUGCCGUCUGUGGCAGACACUUUCACCACUCUUGCUUCCCUUCUGAACCACGAAAUCAAGACUAACGCUAAAAUUAUUGUCUUUGGAGUCACUGCGAACAUGGUUGCCCUCUUUGCGGCAGUCUUCUCCCAGCGAUUGACGCCUUUGAAGGUAUUUGAGAUCCAUUCAAGACUCAAUCAGGGCGCUCGCACGAGAACCACAGCCCAAUUCAAAGAGGCAGAUGCUGGCAUUCUGUUCGCCUCAGAUGUUAUUGGUCGUGGCAUCGAUAUCCCCAAUGUCGACUUGGUCAUCCAGAUCGGUUUACCAUCGAAUGGCGACCAAUACGUCCACCGUGUCGGUCGUACAGCGCGCGCUGGGAAUGACGGCCGCGCCAUCAUCGUUCUCACGGAAGCAGAGUCAUUUUUUAUGAAGAACAACCGACACUUACCAAUCAACCCGCACCCCCAGACUGACGCGAUCAAUGCCGGUCGUGCUCGAUAUACCGAUGCUGUCACCCAGGCCAUGCACGGGGUUGAUGAAUCGACAAAACAACGUGCCUACUCGUCUUUCAUCGGCUUCUUUGCUGGAUCGGGUCUCAUGAAGCCACUUCGUCUCGACAAGCCGGGCCUGGUCCAAGUUGCAAACGAGCUGGCCAUCAAGGGGAUGGCAUGCCCUGAACCACCACCAAUGGAGAAGAAAGUCAUUGGCAAAAUGGGCUUGAAGGGUGUUCCUGGAUUCAAUUACGCCAGCGGAAACGAUUCAACCGGCAACAGUUCUUACAGACCGCAUGGUCAUCCUAACGGCAAGACUCGUGAUGCGUUAAGUCCCGGCGCUGGUCAGGGAGGCCGAAGGGGCGGAGUCGAGAAGAAACGUGGAGGAGGCCGCGGAGGGCGUGGCGGUGGAGGACGUGGGGAAAGAAGAUAA